UUUCCGACCGCCCAGAGACCGGCAGUGGUGGUAGUGCUCGCGGGGCCGCGGUGGAGGGCAUAGUGCUGUCCUGCUCUCUCCCACUCGCCCGCGGGUCGGCGCGCUCGCCCAGCUGAGCAGCAUCCAGGGCUGCGGGGCAGUCGGACUGCACGCUCAGCCUGAGAAGCAGAGACAGCUAGUCCUAGCUUCGGGAUGGGGAGCCGGCGAAGUUGACGAGCCCACCACCCGCGCUGCGCCUCUCCUGUGCGGAGGCGCUCUGCCCUCUCCAGGAGGUGCCCGCGCACGGCCCUGCUCCAGGGGCUACAGCCAGAGGUCUGUCGCGCGUGUUUGUUUGCCAAAGGAGCCGCUUGGGGGAGAAGACUCGAAGGGGAGUUGUUCCCCAAGGGAUACCUGCAGCCCAGGCAGGGGGUUUGGGCGGCCUGGAUGCACAGGACCCAGCCCCGCAGCCGCUGACGCCGGGCGGCGGCGAAGUUUGGCUGCUGAGCGGCGCAGAGCAAGGCCACUGGACAGCGGGCAACCCUGCGGCCGUGGCAGCGGGAGCGAUGCCGGUGGGGGGCCUGUUGCCACUCUUCAGCAGCCCGGCGGGCGGCGGCCUGGGCGGCGGCCUGGGUGGGGGGCUCGGCGGCGGCGGCGGCGGCGGCGGCAGAAAGGGGUCGGGCCCCUCCGCCUUCCGCCUGACGGAGAAGUUCGUGCUGCUGUUGGUGUUCAGCGCCUUCAUCACGCUCUGCUUCGGAGCGAUCUUCUUCCUGCCCGACUCUUCCAAGCUGCUCAGCGGGGUCCUGUUCCACUCCAGCCCCGCCCUGCAGCCAGCCGCUGACCACAAGCCGGGGCCCGGGGCGCGCGCCGAGGACGCGGCAGAUGGGCGAGCCCGGCCCGGUGAAGAGGGCGCUCCCGGGGACCCCGCGGCCGCCCUAGAGGACAACUUGGCCAGGAUCCGCGAAAACCACGAGCGAGCUUUGAGGGAAGCCAAGGAGACUCUGCAGAAGCUGCCCGAGGAGAUCCAAAGAGAUAUCCUGAUGGAGAAGGAGAAGGUGGCCCAGGACCAGAUGAGUAACAGGAUGGGGUUCAGGCUGCCCCCAGUGUACUUAGUACCCCUCAUCGGGGCGAUUGACCGGGAGCCGGCCGACGCCGCUGUCCGCGAGAAAAGGGCAAAGAUCAAAGAGAUGAUGAAACAUGCCUGGAAUAAUUAUAAACUUUAUGCCUGGGGAAAAAAUGAACUGAAGCCUGUAUCAAAAGGAGGCCAUUCAAGCAGUUUGUUUGGUAAUAUCAAAGGAGCAACAAUAGUAGAUGCCCUGGAUACACUUUUUAUUAUGAAAAUGAAAAACGAAUUUGAAGAGGCAAAAGCAUGGGUUGAAGAACAUCUAAACUUUAAUGUGAAUGCUGAAGUUUCUGUUUUUGAAGUAAAUAUACGCUUUAUUGGUGGACUAAUCUCAGCUUACUAUCUGUCUGGAGAAGAGAUAUUUCGAAAGAAAGCAGUGGAACUUGGGGUAAAAUUGCUACCUGCAUUUUAUACUCCCUCUGGAAUACCUUGGGCAUUGCUGAAUAUAAAAAGUGGGAUUGGAAGGAAUUGGCCAUGGGCCUCUGGAGGCAGCAGUAUUUUGGCAGAAUUUGGAACUCUGCAUUUGGAAUUUAUACACUUGAGCUACUUAUCAGGAAACCCCUUCUUUGCUGAAAAGGUAAUGAAUAUUCGAAAAGUGCUAAACAACCUGGAAAAACCACAAGGCCUUUAUCCUAACUAUCUGAAUCCUAAUAGUGGACAGUGGGGUCAAUAUCAUGUAUCAGUAGGAGGACUUGGAGACAGCUUUUAUGAAUAUUUGCUAAAGGCAUGGUUAAUGUCUGACAAGACAGAUCUAGAAGCUAAGAAGAUGUAUUUUGAUGCUAUUAAGGCAAUUGAGACACACUUGAUCCGGAAGUCACGUAACGGACUGACUUACAUCGCAGAGUGGAAAGGGGGCCUCCUGGAACACAAGAUGGGCCACCUGACCUGCUUUGCUGGGGGUAUGUUUGCACUUGGAGCAGACGAUGCACCUGAUGGCCUGACCCAACACUACCUUCAGCUCGGGGCUGAGAUUGCCCGUACCUGUCAUGAAUCAUAUAGUCGCACAUUUGUGAAACUGGGACCAGAAGCUUUCAGAUUUGAUGGUGGUGUGGAAGCCAUUGCUACAAGGCAAAAUGAAAAAUACUACAUUCUACGGCCAGAAGUUGUUGAGACUUACCUGUACAUGUGGCGACUGACUCAUGAUCCAAAGUACAGGAAGUGGGCCUGGGAAGCCGUGGAGGCCCUGGAAAAACACUGCAGGGUGAAUGGAGGCUAUUCUGGCCUCAGGGACGUUUAUGUGAGUGCACAGACCUACGACGACGUGCAGCAGAGCUUCUUCCUGGCAGAGACACUUAAAUAUUUGUACUUAAUAUUUUCUGAUGAUGAUCUGCUUCCACUGGAACAUUGGAUCUUCAAUACCGAGGCACAUCCUCUCCCCGUGCUCUCUAGGAAUAUAAAGAAAGUUGAAGACAAUGAGAAAUAAAAAGAUAUUUUAUAUGUUUUCUUUCUUCCAUUCCCUUCACUGCAUACCUUAAUGAUUCUUUUUCCAACGUUCAGGCACAUGAUCAAUUUUUAUUAAUAGGUCUCUGAUGAUUCUAAGUUCUAAAAUUGUUUUGCAGUCUUUUAUGUUUAUUAUCAUAGGCAUAGAUGGACCUAAAUUCCUUAUUGUAUACUUUAUUGUUCAGUCAGUGAGUCACAGGUUGGUUGGUUGGUUUUUUAAAAGAAAUCUGUUACCUCUGGCAUUCAUGAAGGUGGAGUAUCAUUUUUAUUAAACUGAAUAGAAUGGUAUACCGGUGACCUCUUAAUUAUAGUUUUGAUUUGACUGCAAAACUUUUUCCUCCUCUAUGAGGAGAUGAUGUCUGCUUUAAGCUGUAAUGUUUUGCCAUGUUGCAAAAAGCCAUAAUAAUAAAUAAUUAAAAAAAGCUUUUUUCCUUUUCGAUUUCAUGUAAUCUGGUUCGUCUAUCCACCAGAGACAGAUCUUAUAACUGUGACAGCCUCCUUAUGCAGGUCUAUCAUUAUUUGAUAGAAUGUCUUCUAAAAUACUUUACUCACAUUGUAAUUCAAAUUAGAAAAUCAUCCCAAAAGGAACAUCUCCUAUUGACUUCAUGUCAUUGGAUCCAUGAUAUAUUUCUGUUGCUUAAUUAUAUUAGUGUUUCUUAAUUUGGGCAUUUGUUCUCAAGUUUUACUUUAAAUAUCCUGUGUCAUCUCUGGAUCAUAUACUGGUUAAUUUUCAUUUUAGUUUAUGGAAGCAGGAUUUAACUCUGAAAUAAGCUUUACCAAUGUAUCUAUUCAUGGUCAGUUGAAGAAAAUCUAAUAAACUUUUAAGCCAAAUUAGUAUAUACUAUAUUUUGUUGUAGGAGGAGUUCCCUGGUGGGCUAGUGGUUAGGAAUUUGGCAUUGUCACUGAUGUGGCUUGGAUUCAAUCCCUGGCCUGGGAACUUCCUCAUGUCAUGGGCACAGCCAUAAAAAUUUUUUUACAAAAAAAGGAAAUAAUACAUAGGAAUGGACACUCCUGAUCCCCUAUAAUCUUAUAGCAGAUCAAAAUAAUUAUAUAUUCAAAGCUUUUUUUUUGAAAUAUGAAUGGUUUUCCCAAGAAUCAAUUUGGUGACACCUUGCAUUUUCUUAUCAUAUGGUUUGUAUUAUAUAAACCAUAUGAUAAAAGGCUAAUAUGAUGCAUAUACUGAGGUACAAAGAUUUUGACCAUCUGCAUUUCAACUACAGUGGUCAAAUAGAUCAGUGCAACCCCAUGUAUUAGGAUGAAGUGUAUAAAAAUGAAACAUCUGUAGUUUAAAAACUAUUCAAUAUCAUGUGGUUCAACCUAAUAUUUUUCAAGAUAUUUAUUUUUUAUCAGCAGAUUUAAUUGUUUUAGCUAUUUUAGCUUUUGAAUGUGUUUCAAAAGAUUUCCUUUGUCUGAAAGGACCACUUUGUGUGACCUGCCCUUUUUUCAAUAUUAUACAUUGGUACAUGUCAAAGAAUAAGUCAAUAAAAUUAGUAAGUGAAACAGAUCCUUUACACAUCAAGAUUGCUGUUACUCUGUUUCUGUAGCCCAGAAUAAUUUCUCCCACUCUGAUUUUCAGCUCACCUUAUGAAAUUAAUGGAUAGUAAGAGUCCUGUUUUCCCAGGAUUCAAAGGAAAAAUAUAGAAGAUUCUUGUCAACAUUGGGCCAAAAAAUUGAAUGACCUUGGACUAACAAUUUAAGUUAAUAUAUUGUCUUUGGUGUUCAAUCUGAUUUGAAAGAGCACAAGCUGAUAGGUCUUUCUGAAGCAGAUAGGAUGUUAAAAUCAGGCUUUAUGUACACACUGCACUGUGAUGUACCUUUGGAAUUCUGGUAUAAAUAGGCAAGAUUGUACUAUCUGUGUUGCUCAGCUAAUGGCAAGAGCAAAGUUAUUUCAGUUCUAGAACUCAGAUUUUUUUUAAGCCUAAGUCCAAAAUACCAAAAAUGUGGAAGAAAUAAGAGAUUAGUAUUAUGGUGAUAUUAUUUAAUUAAAGUUAUAUUUUAUGUUAAUUAUUUUAAACAACUUAAGUCCUUAGGUAGAUACUGAUGUUCAUUCAUUUUCCGCAAAACCUGUACAAUUAAGUUUACAUCGGUAUUCACAUCCCAAAAGGUAAAUAAUUAUAGUAGCACUUAAUUUUGUGUUUCCACAUAUGUUAUGGUAUACUUUUACAACUAAUAUUACACCUAUAAGUGGUAUGACAGUUUACAGAACUCAGUCAUGUUUGUAAUGACGCCUUCAUAUGUAUUACCCAUUCUUUCCAUUGAUUGUUUUUGAUUUGUACAUAAAUCCAUUGUCAUUUCUAACUUUAUAUAAAUCUCUAAUAUUAUGGGAAACAGAAUAGAUUGACACAUAAUUUUUAAAAACUAUAUUUGUAAAAUUUCUCUAUUGUAAAUAAAGCCUUUUACUAUAUCUC